GUCGGGGUACUCGGUCGGUGGUGGAGGCUUCGGGGACUCGCUGCCAAGUGGCCAUGGUGCCGUGGCCGGUCCACUAGCAGGCUGCCAUGUCCCGAGAGGUAGCGGGCUCCUGCCGCCUGGGCUCCGGGGCGCGGGCACGGGCACGGAAGCCCAAGAAACCCCACUACAUCCCGCGGCCCUGGGGGAAGCCCUACAAUUACAAGUGCUUCCAGUGCCCGUUCACCUGCCUGGAGAAGUCACACCUGUACAACCACAUGAAGUACAGCCUCUGCAAGGACUCCCUCUCGCUGCUGCUGGACUCCCCCGACUGGGCGUGCCGCCGGGCCCCUGCCACACCCCGGCCCCUGGAGCCCGCCACGGACUGCCCCUCUGACCCCACAGAACGGGGCAGGCGACCCCGAGGGGCUCGGCUCCCAGAUGCUCCCGCCACUCCCGACCUCGUUGUCACUGACCUUCUCUCCCUGCACCGCUGUGUCGGGGGCCCCAAACCAGAGGCUGAGGGAUCCCCAGGGACACCACCCCCUGCAUCCAAGGACGCCCAGAAGGGUGUGGGCCUGGGAGGGCUCCUGGCCGAGUCAUGGAAGCCAGGGCUGGGCAGGGGCCCCAGGAGCAUGGCUGUGGUAGACUCAGCUGCAGUGGGCCCUGAGAGCAGUGUCCCCUGCUACCCUCCGCCCACCUCCAGCGAGUUCCCUGAGGCCCACAGUCUCCAGCUGUCCCUGCUGGGAGUCAACUACCCUCUUGGCCCCAGCCUCUUUUCCUACCUGGGGCCCUCCCUGGCCACGGCAGCCCAUAUGCCCUUCCUGGGCUCGGCCAGCCCCCUGCUUCCCCCAGCCUCUGCCUUCCCCGCCCUGCAGCCCCUAGAGCGCCCCACCCCUAUCCCCCGCCUGUACUACCCUCUGCUCCUGGAGCACAGCCUGGGGCUGCAGGCAGGCAAGGCCGCUGCCCCUGCCAAGCCCCCUGCUCCUCCCAAGGGACCCCCUGGGACUCUGGCCCCCGGGCUGUUAAAAGUGCCAGUACCUGGGCUGGGUGGGCCCUGGCCCUGUGGUGCCCCCAGGGACCCAGGGCAGGAGGGAGGGCUGGAGCUGGCUGCCCAAAGUGACCCCAAGAGGAAGCUGCCCCCGGGAAGCACGCUGGAGCCCCCGAAGGCUCCCUCCAGCUUGGCCAACUUUGGUUCCCAGAGCAGCCUGCGGAAUGGCCCCUCCGUGAUUCUCUGGCCUGAGGACAAGGAGCCAGGCGACCCCGAGAUCCUGGGCCCUGUCUCCCCGCUGUCCCAGCAGCCACCGGGCCUGGUGCUGGGGGUCCCUGGGCAUGUGUGUGAGGACCUGACCCGGGCUCUCGGAGACUAUGCUAGGGUGGAGCAGCGCCUAGGGCAGUUGGCACCUGCCAGGGGCCUGGCCCCACGGCCGCUGCGGGAGCAACUGGGCAAGAUCCGCAGGGAGCUGCUCACCAUCCACCAGGCGCUGGAGCAGGCCGUGCGGCCCCCAGACGUGCCACUCGACCUCUCUGUGAAACGGACGCCCUCCAAGGUGCCCGAGGUGUCCUCAGGGUCCUGGGGGCAACCAGAGCUGGGUUCUGUAUUGGCCCAGAGAGCCCCUGAGCCACCCAGAAUGCUGGGCCCCACAGUGGCUGAGCCUUUCUCUGGCCAGACCACCAAGUGCGAGGCCGACUCCAGUGUCCCUCCCCCGGGACUCCCCCUCCCAGCCCCAGAUGACCCUGUGAUUCCUGGCAGCGGCUGGGGCCCCCGUGGCAGGGCUGGGGGCUCCUGGCCUCCCGAGGCUGCCUCUGGCCUGCAGAGCCCCCCAGGUGCCGAGGUCUGACCACAGCUCCUGCUGCCCCCUCUGUCCGUAACAGACAGAGGCCCUUCCCCAAUCCCAUGCACACCUGGCCCCCUGCCUGCCUCAGCCCCAGGGGCAGGCACCUGGAGUCUGCCCAGCAUGCCCGUGAACAGACCCCACCCACCACGGCCGCGGCCUGUCUCUGGGGCCACACAGGGACAGCAGAGUCGCGGCUUUUUAUUGAUCACAGCUGUGGACAUUAAAAGAGAAGCCACCGCCAC